AUGCCAACACCAAUACCGCUAACGAAAGCCAAGAAUCCGCCGCCACUGCCCCUGCCUCAUGAGGGCAGCCUUAACAGCCACUAUGGCGGCACAUCGCGGGAGGCGACUCCCACAAGGGAGCAGCAUCAGCGACAUGCCACGCCCACACGCGAUCAGCCCCAGCAGCAGCAACAGCACACGCCCACGCGACAGCAGCAGCUGCAGCAACGCAACGAGCAACGCGAUCAACAACGCGAACAACGCGAGCAGCAGCAACAUCAUCGCGAGCGGCAGCAACAGUUGCGGGAGCACCGGGAACAACGCGAGCGGGAGCACCAACACGAACACGACUACGAUCACCAAGGACACCACCCACACGGACACCACCAUCGGGAGCAUCACGACUCCCACCACCAACACCAAAAUCAUCACCAUCAUCAUCCUUCAUCGGCAUCACAGCAGCAACACCAACGCUACAGCAGCAGCAGCAACAGCUACAAAACUCAUAAUAAUUCCGUUUACCAGUAA